UUGUGGUGGCUUGUUUGGUGGUGCCAGUGACAUUUGCUUGCUUCUGCUUGGCUGCUCGAGCGCUUCGUUUAGUUUUCACUCGAACGGCGAAGCGUUGGGAGCGCACGCGGCACGUUUAACGGUACGAAAGUCGCCCACGAAACGACAGAGGCAACGUUUUGGCUUCUCAUUGUUGGCAGCUGCCGCCAAAAAGAAUUCAAAUAAAAACGACAAAUACCAAAAAAACAAAAAAACGAUUUUGAAACCGCCGCGCGACGCGAGCUUUGCGGCUCUUCAUAACGAAUAAAAGAUAAUCCCAGAAGAAUAUAUAUACUGUAGAUUUAUAGUUAACUCGACAAAAUGGGUUUGAAAGGCGGCAGCAGUCCGCGCAUCAACAAAACGUUGAUCUCGCUGAAAGUUGUGGUGUUCCUGGUGAUCAGCGGUCUCACGGCAUUGCAUAUUUUGCAUUCGAUAAAACCCAUUCUAAUGGGUUUUAAUUUCUCAGAAUAUCGCACGAUCAGCAUUGUGGCUCCAUUUGUGUCAAUUUUGGGUCCAUUAAUAGCCGGUCCCUGGGCUGAUCGCUUGGCUGCCAAGAAUCCAAAUGGAUUUGGACGCACGCUGCGAUUUCUAACUGCUAUAUUUCUGGUGCUCUCGGCCCUGAUUUAUGCUAUUCUCUUUGCUGUGCCGAAUGUGGUACGUGAAUCGGCUCUGAAACCAAAUGUUAGCUUCGGCUGCGACGACAAUGGAGCCUUCGUAUUCCAGAAACUGCCUACGAAUGAUACCUGCAAUGCCUGGGACAGGAGAUCGGGAAGUAUCAAACUCACUAAUUGCACCUACAGCUGUUUGAAUCUGAACUUCAAAGAGAAUAUAUAUCAAUUAUGGUCGGGAGAUUUAGCUAGCUUAGUGCUGCCAUCUACCGAGCAGAGUUCCGAAUUCGAUUACGAGGACGAUGUGCCUAGUGCGACUACGGAAAAGCUACAAACCUCAAGCCAAGUGGAUGUGUCGGAGUUGCCGGCGGACAGUGCUGGUGUCGAAACUGUUAGUUCCGAGAUGUUUCGUAGCAAGCGUCAGGUGAAAGGUCAUGCUGAUAAAGUGAUGGUGGAGCCACCGCAUUUGUGUUUCGUGGAACGUAACGAGAAUGGGAUGGAUCUGGUGAAGAACUGUCAUGUCUAUACUCAGGAUACAUCCAACAUUCUGAUGAAUGUUGUGAUGGGUGCGGCAUUGAAUAAGCCCAAAACCAAUGAGACUGACGGCUGGUGUCAGUAUCCUGUUGAGGACAUCAAGUGCAACAUUCCCGAAAAGCAAUUAGAGUAUAUGCGAGAAAAGAGCAGCUGUAAACCCAUCAUCGAGUGCCAAAUUGCGGAUCCCUACAAAGAAGAGGAUGCCGUGCUCGCUGAUAGACAGACAACUGGCAAUGUGGAUGAGAUUCUGGCGGGCUACACAAUAAUUCGCCUGCUCGGAGACAUCUUUGCCAUGGCAUCGCUCACCUUGCUCAAUACGGCGAUUGUGAUUGCCGUGCGUGAGACAUCGGAGGGACGCGGGGAGGUGUGCCGCCAGUAUGUGUGGGGUGCCAUUGGCUACAUUGUAUUCUUCUCGGACAUGCUCUUCUUGCAUCAUCAGCACAGUGAUGUUGCGGGUCUGACAAUCCUGAUCAUCUUUAUUGUUUGCUUCUUGCUGGGUGCUGUGGUGCUCCUCUGUGCCUCGCAGAUGCCACUCAGUCCACCUGAGUGGUGGUGGCAUACCAAGACUGGCAUGCUGGUGGUUCCCAUGUCGGCUAUACGUAGAUAUAGUCCCGAGAUUGUCGUACUCACCCUGGUGUCCAUUCUGUUUGGCACCUUCUGGAGCAGCAUUCACAGUUUCCUUUACUGGACAUUCACGGAUGCGUAUGUCAUCUUCUACGCAGGCAUCAUUCUUAUUCUGGCGUUGUUCUUCAACGUGGACAAGUUCAUUGAGUACUGUGGACACUCGAACAUCUUCAUUGCCGGCUUUGCCAUUUAUGUCAUUCGCUUUACGGCAUUGAGUGAUAAGGAUACCAAUUGGUUAACCAUCGUCAUGGAGACUCUUGAACCACUUGUGAUUGGUGUCAUCUGGAUUACCAUCAUUCUCUAUAUGCGACAUGCCAUGCCACGUAAACUAACCGCCACCGGACAGGCCAUCGCUGUGCUGGCCUUCUUUGGAUUGGGCAAGGGAAUUGGCGCCUUGAUUGGCCUGGCACGAGAGGAGAAGCAUCCCAAGCUGGAAGACUGGAAGUGCACCUACGAAUGGCUGGCCGUGAUUGCCUGCAUCAUAUCGCUCGUCUAUUUUUUCAUAUAUAAUCUCAUACUCUCCCCUCGCUGCACCGCCAAGCCACAGCACUCGGAGGAGUUGAUAUCGGGAUCAGCCUCGCAGAAUUUUGGCCAUAAUGGAACCAGCAAUGGCAAUGGAGCUGGUAGCAAUGGAGCUAGCGUUCCAGCUGGAGCUGGAGCAUCACUUAAUGGCAAUACGAAUGGCAGUUAUUCACCUCUGAGGGUCUAUCACAAUGAGAGGGGGAAGAAGGGACAGUUUAGAUAUUAAAAUAAUACUUACGAGGCGAUUAUUUGCUUUGCACGGAUAAAGAUAAACUUUUUAAGAAUUUUAAUGUGAAGCAAUGCACAUUUAUUUACCCGAAUUCGGGGCUAUUUUUGCUAAGUGUAUACACUAAGAACAACUGGAAUGCAAAAGUGCGAACAACAUUUUAAAUAUAGAAUCUCUUUUAUUUGUUAUUUAAUGCAAACUAAGCGUGUUCGUAAUAUUAAUUUUAUGUCUACAAAAUAAUUAGUUAGAAAGCUGCGACCCCAACAAAAAAUAUGAUAUUAAUGAAAACUUGCAUGCAACUUUCCCCCCGCCACACACACAGUCUCCGCUCCCACCACCAUGUCGCUCUUAUUUUAUGAGGUUUCAUAAUGGAGACAUCAAAAA